GGCGGGGCCUGCUGGGGGAUAUAAACCACGGGAGCCGCGCGCGGGGCGGCAGCAGCACCCUGGGGCCCAGGUUCGCCCGGGCGAGCCGCAGCCCGGCUCCCCAGCCCCGCCGGCCGCUGCCGCGCCCGCUCCAUGGCCACGCCCAGCCCGCGCCCCGUCGCCUCGGGGGAGCUGCGCGGCCCGCGGACCUGCGACUGCGAGCUGGCCCUGCUGCCGCUGCGCCGCCUGCUGCUGCUGCAGCCCGACUGCUUCCAGCUGCGCGGGGAGCGGCUGGCCGUGCUCCGCCCGCCGCGCCACCGGCCCGCCGGCGGCUUCGCCGUGCUCAGCGAUGGCGCCCUGCGCCCCGACGGGCAGCGCCGCUGCCGCCUCACCGGCCACUUCAAGAGGGAUGUAGAACUCACCAGCCAUCGUGAUUAUAAAGAAUUCCGAGAAACUAUACUAAGCAGACCACUAGUAUUCUUCACAAAUGUCAGAACAAAAAAUUAUUAUUCCUCAAAAGUUUCAGAAAAAACAUACGCAUUUAUCGUGAACACACGACAUCCUAAGAUAAGAAGACAGAUAGAGCAUGGUAUGAACACAGUAAUAUCCUCAGUGUUCGGAGAAAGUUACAAGCUGCGGUUUGAUUUCCAAGAAGUUGUCAAGAGUUUUUUCCCUCCAGGAAGCCAUUUAGUUACCGGAGAAGACUUGAGCUUUUCCUAUGAGUUCAAAUCUGAUGCCCUGUUUGAUUUCUUCUAUUGGUUUGGGAUCAGCAAAAACACAGUUGCAGUGACUGGGAAAGUUUUGAAUUUGUCCAAUACCAGUCCAGAAAAGAAGGAAAUAAUCACUAUGUUUCUAGAAAAAAUGAGUGAACCUUAUGACCGUUUGAACAGUUUUUCAGACAGAAAAUUCAGUGUUCCCUCAAGAGAUUCGAUAGAUGCUUUUAACUCCAGUCUGAUACCACAACCAUCUUUAACAAAUCCUCCUGUGAAAAUAUGUUGAACCCCACGAGUUCAAGAAUCAGAAGGAAGACCAAAACUAUUCAUGAAAUUGGUAUAAAAAUAAUAACUUUCAACUGAGAAUGCAAAUGCACAUCAAUGCAUUGCAGGAGCAAGAAGUUUGAGAAGGGAGGAGUGAGGGAGCUCUUCCUUGUUUGUGUCUUCUAGGAUACCAGGAGGGGAUUCUGCUCUAUUCUUUACUCUUCCAUCCCCCAACACGAUCAUCUUUCUUUUGAAAAGAGCAUCUCCAUGGGAAGCAGAGUUGUCAGUGGGUAUUGUGUGGCUCCUUCUUUCCUCUUUCCAUAACACCAAGUCUGUUUGCUUACUGCUGCAACACACACUGAGUACAGAACUCUUUUGUGAUUGCUACUUCACUUGCUUUGCCUAAACCCGGAUGACGAGGUGAUUAGCAUGGUUCUUCUGAAGACUUGGCAAUGUGAGAAUAGGUCUCAAAUUGUUGGUUAGGAAACUUAUCACUGUUCCAAUAAAGAUCCAAGUUAGGCCCUGUUAUUGCUGGCUGUGGAAUCAUGUUUAAACACCUUUUUGCUGCAACUUCUGAACUUUCUUACAACACUGGCCAAACUAUGUUAAGCCAAACAAUCUUCUUUAAAAAAUGUUUAAAACUAUUCUUUGAUCCCUGUCCACACAAGUAAGCCUAGCAGGGUUUUAAACUAGUUUUGCUGCAAUCUGUUUUGAUCUAUGUUUAAAUGUAUUUUUAAACAUGUUUCUGAGGCUGGUGAAGACUUGAGGACUGACAAGGCUGUUGUGAAUCUAGAAGCUGGGUAUAGUAUCAAAGAUCGUUUUCUCACUCCUGGGAACCUGAGUCCAAUUGUUGAUCUAGAAAUUUUUUUUGGGGGGGGGGAAAUAGAAUCUUGUGGUUAAGGCAGAGGACAGGGAAUCGGAAGAUCUAAAUUCUGUUCCCACCUCAGCCACAUGCUGCUUAACCUCUCUGUGCUUCUAUUUCCAAAAAUAUGUAAAAUGGGAAUAACAUUUAAUUUAUCUCUCAGGAGUGUUGAGGCUUCAUUGAUGUUUGUAAAUCCCUUUCAGAGCCUCCUGUGGGAAGUGCUAAAUGAGUCCAAUGUUAUACUUGUACUUUUUUUAAAGUGGUCUGGGUAUGCUGCUAUCUCACUUGGAGAUGACUGAAAUCUGACACUACAAGUUAUGCCUUGAAGCAAGUACACUAUCUUCUGGUACAGUAAACCAGUUAAUAAAAAUCCUAAACUUGAAUAUUGUUACUUAAAUCACAGUGUGUUUUGUUACUUAAAAUGUUUUCCACUUAUUGCCGUUCUUUUACAGGUAAAAAAUUUCAGUAUAAAGCCCAUCAGUAGUAAUGAAUCUCUUUCCAAAGGAGGCUUUAACACAAAACAAGGCUGUACAUUCACUUUAGCUCUCAUAGUUUGAUUUUUUUUUAAGCUGUAAUUUGUUAGUUUGAUAUCUUCAUUUAUCUUGUGCGUUUUACUGGUAGUAUUUAAAGUGUCAGAUGGGUCAUGACUUUAAAAACUUUUUAAAAUCAGCCACUGUUAACAAUGGUUGAGCCAUACAUCAUCUCCCCCAUUGAAUGAUUGAUCAUGGAAGAACUUCUUGAGAAACAGCUGCAUAUAGUACACAUGGCUCCUGAGGUUAAAAUGACUGACAUUCUUGAUGACUUGGUGGAAGACUAAACUUCAGAGUAUUUUGUAGACACUUCCAGAUAUUGGUGAGAAUCCACAUUGCUAUAGACACUGGGAGCACCCUGGUAAUUACGUUAUGAAUCAAAGAAAGAGUUAUGAUAGCUGAGAACUUGUCUCUCUGCCACAAAAUUCUUUCUUUCCAGGAUACCGGUAAAGCAGGCCUUGGAGACUAUAUUAAUAGCAAUCUUGUAUCUUGCAAAGUUUAGACUGAAUAACAAUAUGAAAAAUAGGAUUCUGAAUUUUAAUAAGUGUUUUCAAUUAUGCAAUUUGAUAUGGUGACAUCUGGCCCUGGUGACUAAUUUUUUUUCUAUAUGUAUGGUGUCUGAAUAAAAAGGACAUUAGUAAUAAACCUAAUAUACCAUAUUCUUUAUAAUCAACAUUGUCAUGAAGUUCUUCUGUAUUUUACUGCUGGCCUUUGUGUAAUUUUAUUAAGCUCAUGUAUACUAUACAGUAGUCUUUUUACUCUGUUUGAAGCUGUCUAGUACUGUAUAUACUUGCUCAAAUACCUUCAUUUUGCUUGUUCAGAAAAAUAUUCUAUGUGGAGUGGAAUAACACUCACAUUGUUAGAAUACAGCAUUAAAUGUUGCUGGAAUCCUCAUAAAGGGACUAGUCAACAAAUUUUAAAAUCUUUUAAACUAAUUUUAGACAUUUUCUACUAUUGUAUUGUAUAGGACACAUUUUGUACAUUUUUUGUACUUCUGUUUAAAAUGUUAUUUCCAGUUCUAAAGAUUUGUUUUUAAUGUAUGAUUCUACCUGUGUAGGCAUGUGCCAAAACUAGGGCUGUCAAGUGAUUAAAAAAAUUAAUCGCACUGUUUAAAUAAAUAGUAUUCUAUUGUGUAAUA